GUUAUCCUUUUCCAUCUUAAACCCCCAAAUUGGUUCAUCCUUCUCCAACUUUGUUGGGUCCAAAGGAAUGGCUGCUAUGGCUUCUGACAAGGCAGAUGGUCAGACCCAGUGGGAGUUUAGUUGUGACUUGGAGGUAGAUUAUGAGUCUGAAGAAAUUGCUUCUAUUGUCUAUGCUACAUUAGCUGUUGACAAGGAGUUGCAACCAGACAAAGUAAAAAGGCAGAUGUUAGUUUCCAAUGGAAAGCUUUCCGUGCAUUUUGAGGCAGUUGAGGCAAGAUUUCUUCGAGCAUCAUAUAGUGCUUUUGUGGAUGUAUUGACACUUGCCACGAAAACCAUUGAAGAGUUUGGAAAAGGAAUGGAAUUGAAACAAGUACAUGCACUUUGACUGGUUAGCUUGGCGAUUUCUUAUUUCAUGAAAUGAGCUGCAAUACGAGUUGAGGCUUUCUAAAGCCCCUACAUUGUUUGAUUAGUGCUUCAGAACAGGGUCAAGAACGCUUCUGAUACUAAAAAUGGAACAGGGUCUUUGAUUGAGUUUGUUAUUAGCUGGUAUUGUGUUAUACACCUACCUGUACUCUGACUUGGAUUUGCUUCACAUCACAUCUUGGAGGAUAAUUAGAUUU